AUUAAAUGCCUUAAUUCUUUUUUUUUUUUCAUUUUACUACCAUUUUGUUCAUCCUCUCACUUCUUCACCCCACUUAUAUAAAGCAGCACCAUUUCCAACGAAUUAAUAACAAGCGAAAAAAUCAGUGAAAUGAUUCCAAUCAAAGCAACAGCAGCAACAAUGCAAACCCUUCCCCCAAAUUUCCAGAAACAACACUCAUUCCCCAUUUCCACCACUCUCGCGGCGAAACCGAUUUGCAGCAGAAGAACACUCAAAAUCAAAAUCAAAAUCAAAAUCAAAUGCAGCAAAGAAAAGGAGGAAAACCUAACCGACGAAACGCUGGCGGCGGAAAUCGGCGUCGAGAUCGAGAAAUUGAAGUCCCGCGCAGUUCAGAGAGAAGAGGCGUUGAAGAAAAGCAGAGAGCUGUUGUUCGCAGAGAUGUGCGGUUUCGCAGGAUUGAAAUCCGACGAAUUGAAGAAGAAAUGGCGGAGGAUGAGCGAUGAAGAGAGAUGUGAUUUGGCGAAAGGGUUUGUCGGUGGAUGGAGUGCGCAGUUUCAUCCAUUAUCGGCUAAAUCUGUUAAGGAAAUGGUGGAACUGCAUUUGUUGGAUUCUGAUUCUAAUUCUUCUGCUAAUAAUCUCUUUCCUGAUUUCGCAAAAUUCUUGGGAUUUCCAUUGAAUUAGUGAUUUUUAUUUUUUGGCUUUUUUACUGGGAUGAGAUUUAUGUAGGAUGGAAUUUUCGAUUUUCGCCGAUAAUGUAAACCUUCCGAUUAUGGAACAAUCUUUUACAUUACAAAUUCCAAAAAUUCGAUAUUA